UUCUCGGUUUAUUGAAUCCAAGGUUUCAAGGUUCCAGAGCUCAGAAGAUCUACAAAUCACCGACGAUUAUCUAAGCCCCACGCUAACCCCGGUCAACCAACCAGAACCCGCAGCGCCCACGCGGUGAUGCCACUCACCCAAAACAAUCAGUCUUCCCCGGCCCUCACACAUUCCCAGACUUGGUCAUUCAGUGUGACCCGAAAUAUCAGCUCGCUCAACUAUCACCACCCGCACAUAACCACUAUAAUGGCUGUUGACGGCUCCGCACCUUCGUCGCCCAUCCCCAUCCCGGAGCUGACCAAGAUCACCUCCGAGGCUUGCGAUGCGGCGUUGAAGCACACCACCGAAUACGAGCACGCCAACGUCGGCGAAUGGAACUCCCAGAUCAUUAACACUGUCCUCAAGGCUCUUAUCGCCGCUACUGCUCCCUCCGACUCUACCACCCCAGCUCCCUACCGCUUCACCGUGAACAGCACCAUCGUUCAACAGGGCGUCAUUGACAAGUCCGCUGCCGCCGAGGGCGCACAGAACAACGCUGGUAAGCGCGGUAUGCACUCCGCGUCUGGAGCUUUCUGGGACGUCAACCGGGAUGGUAUGUGGACAUUCAAGUACCCCGGUGCUGAGGAACGGGGGCUCGACGUUGUGGUCAGUGUGACUUGGUUUGCGGUUGUUUAAAUGAAUAAAGUUCCCGGGGCUCUCUUUGUGUCUUAAGAUUGAUAAAUUGAGGGAUCACAUACCAUAUUCUUGAUUUAUCCUUUGUUCUUUUGGUUAUGCAGUUAUAUGAGCCAAUUUUGCGU